AUGAACAAAGAAGGGAGCCGGCAGCAGCCCGCCGGGGAGCGGCUCUCCCCCCGCUUGGCCGCGCUGAAUCACAUCAACACGUCUCAUUUCCAGAACGGGCCCUACAAAUACGUCCUGUCUCAGGGUAAAGUAGAGUAUCUGGUGAAGUGGAAAGGAUGGCCCCCAAAAUACAGCACAUGGGAGCCAGAGGAUCAUAUCUUGGACCCCCGCCUGGUAGUGGCUUAUGAAGAAAAAGAAGAGCGAGACCGUGCUUCAGGGUACAGGAAAAGAGGUCCCAAACCAAAGCGCCUCCUUCUGCAGCGGCUCUAUGGCAUGGACUUGAGGAGCGCACACAAGGGAAAGGAGAAGCUCUGUUUCUCUCUCGCACGGAGGUUUGGAGGAGGAGACAGCAGCCUGCCAGGGUCCAAGCCAGGACAGGCAGAGUUCUCGGAGAAGACUGGGGGAGCAGUCCUGCCAUUCUCUCUCAGAAAGCAGCGCAAAAACCAGAAGUACCUGCGGCUGUCGAGGAAGAAGUUCCCGCGCAUGACGAGCCUGGAGGGUCGCAACUGCAGGCAUGACUUCUUCCUGAACGAUGCCGUGGGUCUGGAAGCCAGGCAAAGUGCCGAGGACUGGGAGGCCACGCAGCACGCCAGCAAGGAAGCAGACAUGGAUGGCAGCCUCCCCUGGAUCCCCACUGUGCCCCCCAGCGAAGUGACAGUGACAGACAUCACGGCGAACUCCAUUACCGUCACCUUCAGAGAAGCGCAAGUGGCUGAGGGCUUCUUCCGAGACCGCAGUGCACAGCUUUGAUUCUCCAUUUUCAGUGCUCCUCAAAUCCAGUGCUUUUAGGGUGGGGCUAGGGAAGGGUUACUAUAUUCCUUAAGAAAACAAAUCCAAAAUGGCUCCUCUCAAAAUGUU